GCAGACGGCGAUGAUCCCUCGAUGAACGCGUCGAGAGGUUCAGAAGCCGAUAGAUACGGUGAAUUCAUCCUUUCGGGCCAGUCCGCUGCGAAGAUUGCAGAAGUGGAACCGGAGAAUCGAGGCACAGAGCUUCGUACAAUGUCACCUCCCAUCUCCGGCUAUCCUCUUUGGACGAAAUGUGUUGGUGAUUGGAUGGUCCGGGCAACCACCCAAGGUACUGCUGAGCUGCUUGAUCUUCGUCGUCAUGGAGAGGAUCAGGCGGCGAUGGGAAAAACGACUGCCUUGUCCCACUUCGCUCCCAGCUGUACGUCUUGAUCAUGAUCCUGUCACGAAGCAAGUGUUAUCGUAUGUUCAAUUUCGACAUGACGGCUACGAAGUUAUGUCAACAAGGCAGCAUUCUUUGGACACGCUUGCUCUUAAUGGCGAAUGGUCCAUUCAUGGCCGUAGAAAGGAUGCAUCGACAUUCACGCGAUCAACUGGAAGACACAGUGCUUUGUUAACCUGGCUUUCCUAUCUGGAAUGACUAAGAAGUUUUUAUCGGUCACAUUCACUAAAG